GAUCCAUAGAAAAAGAACCAGUGUCAUGCGACAAGGCCGCGAAUUACAAGCGAAUAAAUAAAAAAAAAAAUCAUCUAUUUGAUUCUAGAAGAAUCAAUUUCUUUAAAUUUACAAAAUAUAAUUUUUUUUCUAUCAAAAUGACUAAAAUAAUUCUAGUAUUAGCAACAAUCAUUACCAUCGUUUAUGGUAAUUUCAAGUGUCCAUUAAAAGAUGGUCAAUAUGAAGAUGAAGUGCAGUGUGAUAAAUUUUAUGAAUGUAAAGAUGGUUAUCCAACAGAAAAAUUAUGUCCAGAUGGACUUGUUUUCGAUCCAUUUAAUCGUAAAAUAAAUAAAUGUGAUCAUGUAUUUAAUGUUGACUGCGCUGAGCGUUUAGAACUUCAACCACCUCAGCCAUCGAAAAAUUGUCCAAGAAAAAAUGGUUUCUUUCCACAUCCAGAUCCAACAGUUUGUAAUAUUUUUUAUAAUUGUGUUGAUGGUCAAUACAACGAAAAUAUAUGCACAGCUGGUCUUCAUUUUGACGAAAAUACUGGCAUUUGUGUCUGGCCAGCAACUGCCAACAGAGAGAAUUGUCGUCCAGUUGGACAAAAACUGACUGAUGGUUUCGAGUGUCCUUCAGUCCGACCAGUUGAUAGUCAUGGUCAUAAUGUUGAUCAUCCAAAAUACGCUCAUCCAGAAGACUGUCAAAAAUUUUAUGUUUGUCUAAGUGGAGUUACUCCACGUGAACAAGGCUGUAGUGAAGGUAGUGUCUAUAAUGAAAAAACAGAAAUGUGUGAUACACCUGAAAACGUACCAGGAUGUGAAAACUGGUAUGGAGAGCCCGAGAAAAAACCUUGAAGAGGUUUUAUUUAGGACGUUCUCGCUUUCUCCAAAAUGAAUUAUAAAAAAAAAAAAAAAAUAAUGAUAAUUCAAUGGCGUGAUCGUUGAAAAAAAUUAAAUUUU